AUGGCGGGACGCUUCGUGCGCUCCUCCAAAUUCAGACACGUCUUCGGCAGACCUACAAGAAAGAAUGAAUGCUAUGACAAUCUGAAGGUCUCCAGGAACGCCUGGGACUCGAACCUUCUCAAAGCCAACCCAGACUACCUCGCUGUGAACUGGGACUCGAGUGGUGGAGGUGCUUUCGCAGUCAUCCCUACUGGUGAAAAUGGAAGACUACCAGAUCGGAUACCACUGUUCCGGGGGCACACUGCAGUCGUUCUCGACACCGACUGGAAUCCGUUCAAUGACUCUCUAGUAGCGUCUGGCUCCGAUGACGGCAAGGUCUUCCUCUGGCGAGUCCCCGACGGUUUCACCCUACGACCCGACGUACCCGCAGAUCAAAUCGAAGACGUUGCGCCAGUGGGCAAGCUGAGUGGGCAUCCAAAGAAAGUUGGCCAUGUCUUGUUCAAUCCUGCGGCGGAGAACGUUCUCGCUUCCACUUCCGGCGACUUCACGGUCAAGCUAUGGGACAUUGAAUCUGGAUCAUCGAAACUGACAUUGAAAGUGGGUGAGGUCAUCCAGUCUCUGUCUUGGAGCGCCAACGGCUCGUUACUCGUCACAACGUCCCGCGACAAGAAGCUCCUGUGGAUGGGCGAGCAUGAUCGCAUUGCAACGACUGGCUUCUCGAAGAUGAGCGACCGACAGUUAGCACUGUGGGACAUCAAGGCACCCACUGCACCUGUCAAUGGCUUCGAAAUGCUUGACUCGAUAUCUGGCGUUUGCGUCCCCUUCUGGGACCAAGGGACUAGCUGUCUGUACUUGGCUGGCAAAGGAGAUGGCAACAUCCGGUACUACGAAUACGAGAACGACAAGUUCGAGUACUUGUCCGAGUACAAGUCGUCGGAUGCGCAAAGAGGCAUUGCAUUCCUGCCGAAACGCGGAGUGAAUAUGCAUGAAAACGAGGUUAUGAGGGCGUACAAAACGGUCAACGAUACAUACAUCGAGCCAAUUUCAUUCAUUGUUCCUCGACGAGCCGAGUCAUUCCAGGAAGACAUAUAUCCUCCGACAUUUGGCCUCAAGCCGGCAAUGAGCAGCGCGGAGUGGUUUGACGGAGCCGAGAAGAUGCCGCCCAAGAUCAACAUGGAGAGCCUCUACGAUGGUGACGCACCAGAAGAGAUACCUGCAUCUGCUGCUAAGCCGACGCCGAAAGCCGCCGAGCCUGAGAAGGCGCCCGAGUCCAAGAAGGAGACACCAAAGCCCGCACCUGAACCGACGCCUGCAGCAAGAGCUCCACCGGCAUCAAUGAAAGAGCAGGGAAGCUCGAUGAUGGCAAUGGCGUCCAAGUUCGAAGACAAGGAGCCGGUCGAGGACAACGAUGACGAUGCGUCCAGCUUUGAGGAAGUGCAGAAACCGAUUGAAAGGUCGGCCAUCAAAAGUCCUGUGACACAGACAGUGCCCAAGCCUGCAGAGUCGCCAAAGGUGGCAACACCUGCGCCAAAAAGUCCAGAGCCGGAAAAGGUGUCGGAACCAGAGCCUGAGGCUCCUCUCCCACUGACCACCACUACAUCGUCUGAGACAGCCUCGUCUCCAACCGCGUCAAGCGCGGACACAGAGGGGCUGCAACGAGAGAUUAAAAACAUGAAGACUCUGAUGGCACAACAGACCAGACAGCUGGCCACACUGGCUCGUACUGUGCAAGAGUUGACAGCAGAGGUCAAGAACUUGAAAAGCCGAUGA